AUGUACUCAACCUGCGUUCACUCCAUGGACAUAUUCGCAAUCCAUGUUCGCGAGGUCUCAACUCAAAUUCCCGCACGAGUGACAACCAUGGGAUGUCCCCCACUCACCUUGUAUGUUGACGAUGUCUUCCCACCGUCUUUCGACUGGGUUUCCUAUUUCAAUAGCCAAAUCCCAACACCUGCUCCCCCGAUGUUGCCUAUUGCGGUAUCGUGCAACUUUCUUGGCCUACGCAAGCGCGGUGUCAGGACGUAUGGAACCCUUGUGCUCAUCCAUACCGGGCGCGACAACUUCUUUGUAUCCCCAGUUACUUUGAAGAGGACUAGCAAAGGCCCCUUCUGCGCCUUUCGAACACGAUACAGUUACCUCCUGUGUUACCCAAACGGUUCUAUUGCCAACAACUGCAAGUCGCAAGUCCGGUCAAGCCGCGCCGGCAUCGAUCUAAACCGGAAGGAGAUCCCAAGCCACGACUGA